AUGGACCACCUCCCCAAGUUUCGCAGAAAACCAAAGAUCCCGACAAUCUCCACCACAGACGUAAAGACCUCUCCGUCCCGAAACGGCAUCGACGAACAACAGCCGCCUCAGCAAAUAUAUCCUUCCACAACCGUCACCGUCACUGGCGGCCGGUCCCCGACCCCGACCAAGCCCGGCCUGCGCAAGUCCGCUUUCCGCGGUCUGCACCUGCGCAGCUCCGGCAAGCGCUUACGAUCCCCUCCUCCGGCCUCCCUGCCGCAGUCGCCGCCCCCCGCGAUCGUCUCCCACGACGGCAUCACCUCGUCCCCGAGGCCAAAAGAUAAGGAUGGCAGUGGUGGUGGUGUUGGCGCUGGCAGCAAAGACGACUCAGCCUCGUCCGGGAAGAGCAGCCACGAAAGCUUCAGGCCCAAGCCGAGAAUACCGGCCUUCUUGAACCUUUCCGUACCAGGUACGAAACCUCCGUCUCGUCGCAGACUGGGAGGCGCCGGUCGGGAACUAACUGCUGGGAUCCCUGCAGAUUUAGACAAUAAGUUCCAGGAGCUAGUAUGGCAGGAACGCAUCCGUCUGGCUGCCGGCAUGGCUCCCGAUGCUGACGAGACCACGAAAUGGGGCUCUUACAAGCAGGUUGACAUGCGCAGAGGCCCGCAAGAUCGUUACUUCAACAUCAAGCCCUGGAACCACAACCGCAUAAAACUGCGCGUGCCUGCAGAAGAGCUCGACUACGUCAACGCCUCGACGAUAUCCCUCUCUUCCUCGAAUAAGCAGCUCCCUCCCUUGCGCUACAUUGCGAUGCAGGGUCCGACAGAGAACUCCCUAGACUUUGUCUGGCGCAUGAUUGCGGAGCAACUCACAGAUCCCGUCGUCAUCGUACAGCUUACCAGCUUCUACGAGAACAACCAGGUGAAAUGCUACCCUUACCUGCCAAUGGACGAAGAGCACGAACCCUGGGUCAUCAACGAGAUGGACGGCUGGAGCGAUGGCUGGAGCGCUACGCUGACCUUUGACUCUCUCCUGUCCCUCGAGAACGGCGCCAUUGAGGUGCGCAAGCUCCUGCUGCGCGUAGGCGACGAGGAAGAGGACCGCAUAGUCUGGCACCUACUCUACACCAAAUGGCCCGACUUUGGCGUCCCCGCCGUCGACGACUUGUCCAGUUUCUUCACGCUCAUGCGUCUGUCGCGCGAGUACAACACGACCUCGGAGAACCCGCGCAUCAUCCACUGCAGCGCGGGUGUAGGACGAACAGGCACUUUCAUCACUCUGGAGCACUUGAUGCGCGAGCUCGACGAGGGCGCGCUUGACGAUUACGAUGGUGCCGGCGAGGGCGACGACCUUAUUUUUGCGACCGUCGAUGCCCUCCGCGAGCAGCGCCGCAGCAUGGUCCAGGCUGAGUCGCAGUACUUGUUCCUGUACCAGGUGCUGCGCAAACUGUGGCAGGAAAAGUACGAUGUCGAGGACAGUGACGGGGACAGCGAACCCGCAGCUAAGAGGCUGGAGGUUGAGGACUCGUCGACCGAUUGA